AUGUCUGCUCAAUCUGGUGUCACCAUAAAUAUAAGGGAGAAGCCUCCUGAAGAUCAAAAAGAAACUACAUAUCCUCCUGGAAGUGGAUCUGUUAAAGUAACUAGGGAAGAGGAUCCUCUUGGAUCUGGAUUCUUAAAGUUUACACAUAGCCCAUCAAGUGGAAAUACUUUCCGUGUAGAAAAUGUUUUAUUUGGAGGUACUCCAGUUUUAGAUAUAGGAGCUAACACUGGUGAUGAUAUUCAGUAUCUGGCAGUAUGGUACUGGUUCGGGGACGGUAGCCACAAUCAACCUCUUUUGGCAGAGGUACUUAAGGGGGGACAGUAUAUCUACAGAUCCAGCAAAGGAGGUGGUACUAGCUGGAGUCCACUUUCUGGAAAAGAAACCCAUCAACAUGAUAAACUCACCGGUAAGGAACUGGAACAGAAACUAGAUGAUCUUAACUGCCAACAUAAUAAUGCAGUUACCCUAAAUCUAACAUUUCAUAAUUCUAGCACUCUUUCUGAGCAAAAUGUCGUUAGGAGUGGUAGGAACACAUACUGUUGCAGUGGUAGUCAUAAUGGUGGAAAGAGGGUCUCCGUUGAGAAAGUAAAAGUUCGUUGUACACGGGGUCAUAACAGUGCCGACUGUUACAAACAUGAGAUUAUUUCUGGUGGGUCCAGAGUUGCAAAGAUAAGGUACUAUCUUGGUAAUACUGAUACUAAUACUCAUGCUAAUAGAAGACGUAUAACUUCUAGUAAUGAACUACAGUUCCCUAUCACAAGCUCAGUUAGUGUAUAUGCAUUAUACUGCAAACAGAAUCCGGUACUAAUCUAUGUGGAAGGGGAUGGAAAUAAUGGAACAAAUGAAUGGUACCAAAAGCCUACUGGUAGUAGUAAUGGCAAUGAAGAGUGGACAAGAGUAGGAAAUCUGAAUGGUAUAACACCAGGGGAUUUCGGUAAACUUGAAUGUAACCAAUGGAAUAAACUUAGAGAGGCGCUAAACAAUAUUUCUGGAUGUACAGGCUUGAGAAUAUGUUCUAUUCCUCCUCCACCACCGCCUCCACCUCUACCUGGAGGUGCUGGACCUAUAGAACCUUCUGGUAGUGGAGCUACUGGAGGAGACCCUAUUGCAGGUUUACUUGGCAAAUUACUUGGAAGAUUCACUUCUAGAGCUAUUGGAAUUGUUAGUGAUAAAGAACUUCUCGGAAACUUGGCUGAUAUUGGAAAAAUAGGAUUAGAUAUAGCUGGUACAGUUGGCAAAGAUACUAUAGAGGCAACUGCUGAACUGACUAAAGAGACCCUUAAAAAGGUUACUGCUACUUCUACUACUACUACUACUGAUCACACUCCUGAAGCUCUUAAAACUGAACCUCAACCAGCCCUUCCUGGUGAAUCUACUCCUACUAUACCUUCUACUCCUCUUUCUCCUGCUGGAUCUACUACUCCCUCUCCUCCACCUCAUAAUGCUUCUCAAGGUCAAGAAGCUACUUCUGAACCUAUUGUCCAAGUUCCUCUUGCUGCUGGUAUGACUUUAGGAUCAAUCUUGGGAACAUCCUCUGGUACUCUUGCUGGAGCUGGUGGUCUUACUGGAUUUGGCUGGUGGAUGUUUAAACGUUCUAGAGGAGACCCUUGGGUUAGACAGAUUUAA